AUGCUGAAUAUUGAUAGCGAAAAAAAAGGAAAUUAUUAUAUUAUUGCCGACCAUUUGCGGACAACUAUCUUUGCUUUGGCCGAUGGCGCGGAAUUUGAACCCAAAGGGCGAGGAUAUAUUCUCAAAAAAUUAGUGAAAAGAGCCACUUUGUUAGCUCAUUUACUUGGUCUAAAUAACGAACAAUUACAAAAAGUUAGUGAAAAAUUGAUUGCAGUUAAUUCAACUUAUUACCAACAUUUGAAAAAAAAGGAAGCUUGGAUAAUUGGUGAACUAAAUAAAGAGAUAAAUAAAACAAGGGAGUUUAUUGAUAAAUCAACCCAAGAGUUAGAAAAAGAAAAUUAUCAGUUUCCGGAAAGAGAGUUUCAAAAGCUAUUAGAAAAGCAGAAAGAGAAAGGCCGAAAGGACUGA